UUAACGUAAAAUCACAAUUUUGUAGAAAGAUGGAAAGCAAAGAUAAGGAUUCGGAUGAUUAUGAUCAUUUUGAAAUUCAGUUACCUAAAUUGAGAGCGGAUCUUGGAAGAAAUGCUCUUACUCUAGGAGAUCUCAGGGAUAAAUAUCAUUUUCGCCGCGGGGCGCCAAUCAAGAUUACACAAAAGGUAAAGAAAUGCGCGAAAGCCACUUCUGCCGCCAUUUCUCGGAUCUCCAUAGUUGCUGUACUUUCAUCAUUAGUACCACCUAUAACCUGGAUACCGAAGUAUGACUUUAAGAAGAACAUCGCCGCUGAUUUGAUCGCCGGAUUCACUGUGGCCAUCAUGCACAUACCUCAGGGUAUGGCGUAUGGACUGCUGGCUGGUGUAGACCCUGUUGUUGGAAUCUAUACAGCCUUCUUCCCAGUUCUUCUUUAUGUUUUCUUCGGAACCAUGCCACACGUCUCCAUGGGCUCCUUUGCGGUCAUCAGUAUCAUGGUCGCUAAACCAGUUGCCAGGCUUGGCUCUGACGUAGACGAUCCCACAGAGGCAAUGAAUGAAGAAAACAUUUAUUCCACUAUUCAAUCUCAUGGCGAUAACUCCUUUAAUAAAUCCCAACAUUUUCUACCAGGAUUAAUCCAGCUAAUUGCUGGGAUUGGCAGGCUCGGGUUCCUCUCCAUGGUCCUCACGGACACCGUUGUCAGCUCCUUCACAGUCGGAGCAUCCUUCCACGUUAUCACCAGUCAAAUCAAACACGUCCUGGGUAUCAGAAUUCCUCGGCAUGCUGGUAUUGGUCGCCUGGUUCUUACCUACUAUGAUCUAGGUCGAAAGGUUCCCACAACUAACUUAAUAACUCUGGCUAUAUCUGCUGCUACUAUUGCAGUAAGCUUGUUCAUUGAUCUCUUCAUUGGACCUAAACUCAAAACUAAAUGCAGGUUUCCUCUUCCUACUCAGCUCUCCUUGAUUAUACUAUUCACAACUUUAUCCCACUUCCUGGGUUUCAGAGAUAUUCAUCAUGUUAGGACCAUAGAGAGUAUUGGAGAGAUCCCUACUGGACUACCCUACCCAACCUUCCCUUUGCUUAAACUUAUUCCUAUGGUUUUUGCUGAUGCCCUGGCCCCAGCAAUUGUUUCCUUCACUGUUGGUGUUGGUCUUGGUAAAAUGUUUGGAAAGAAGCAUGGAUACAAGGUUCAGGAGAACCAGGAGCUACUUGGUCAGGGUGUAUCCAAUAUAUUUGGAAGCAUGUUCAGCUGUAUCCCAAUGUCAGGCUCUCUCUCAAGAUCAGUGGUUCAAGAAGCUAGUGGAUGCAAGAGCCAGAUAACCAGCCUGACAUCUGCCUUUCUUCUUCUCUGGGUUCUACUCUACCUGGGACCAUUGUUCAAAACCCUUCCUGUCUGUGUUCUGGCGUCCAUUAUACUUGCAUCUCUUGUUGGCAUCGUUAAAAAGGUCAUGGAAGUACGCAAGUAUUUUGCUCUGUCUACACACGAUGGGUUUAUCUGGUUAAUCACUUUCCUUUCUACUGUUCUACUUGAUGUAGAUUAUGGACUAAUUGUUGGAGUUUCCUCCUCCCUGAUUAUUACCUUUGUUCGAGCCACCGUUCCCUCUAUCCGGGUCCUGGAGAAGGGAGAGGAUGGAGUUUGGUUGAAUAAAAAGUAUUUUAAAACUGAGGGAGGUAUCAAGGUCAUUCAGCUGAUGGGACCGGUCAAUUUUCUAGUCAAGGAUUUAGUCAGAUCUUGGAUCAAGGCUGAGGUAUCCGGGAGUACUGAGAGAUACUCCUCCAACGACUCCUUCCGUCCUAUGGAGGAUAUCGUCCUUGAUAUCACUGGUGUGAGCUACUUAGACCGGGUAGGAGCAGGACUCAUCCCUUGGCUGGAGGGAAUUGUGAAACAGGACGGACAUUCUCUAGGAGUAGUCGCAACCCUGCCCCAGUCCUCCAGUCUUAAACUAGACUGUCAAAUUUUUCCAACCUACACAGACGCCAUUGUUAUCCUAACCAACAUGAGCAAACCUAAAGAAGAUGAACAAAUUGAGAUUGAAAAAUUUUAAAAAUGACCAAAAAUAAGUUUAUAAUAUUGGGAACAGGAGGCGGCCGAGGGAGAAAGGUUUAAAUACAAAGAAUUUUUAUCCUUUUCUGGAAAUCUCAAGAACUGAGUUUUUAGCACAAAUUAAGUUUUUCUGGAUUUCCAGAAACAUUUAAACAAUAUUUAAAAUCAAAAGAAUCGACGAUCAUUGUUUGCGGGAUUACUGCAGUACGAUCUUCUAAAGCCACAUGUUUAAUAGUACAUCAGAGAAUAUAAAAAUCAAACUUAUUUUCAAAAAAAUUUUUACUUUAGUGUAAUGUUUGUAUUAAAGAAUUUAUUUCAGAUUUAUUUCAGACAAAAACUUUGUAAAUCUUAGCAAUUCUGCUUUAAAGAUUUUGUAGUUUAAACUUUUUUAAUUGGUGUAGAUAUGGAGGCCUAAACUUUAGAUGAAUAUUUUCGAAAGUUACGGUUAAUUCUAAAAAUAGUAUAACGAAAACAUUUUUCCCAGUAAAAUACUAAAACAUAUCAUAAUUUUUUUAAAAUAUUUAAUAUUUCAAAGCAAUCAGCAAUGCAACAGUUUUUUGUCACAAAUACUCGAUUCCUU